AUGGCGUCCUCAUAUAGCUCGAGCGCUCGAGCAGGCGCACAGCAAUCCAGUACACCCGAUGUCACCCCCAACUUCGCCGACCCGAAUUUCGACCCCGCCGAUUUCCUCAAUGAAUCCCUUUCACCGCUGACCGUGGCAUCCUCACAACCCAAUGCCUCUCGAGCACCCGGAUCAGUACCCUUGACAGAGCUGUCCGCACAAGUCCAGUCAUUACUUUCUAAGAUCAACGCGCAAAACAUCCGAUUCUCGAGCACCUUAUCCCAACUCACCGAUGAGAUCCUUCGAAGCGGCGGACGGCUAGCCUACGAAGUCGAGGUACUAAGAGGCGAGACAAUUGGGCUAUCCGAAACCCUAACCGAAGUCCUGCGCGAGGAAAUCAACAAGUUCAUCCCAGAGGAAGACCCCCCGGCAGACCCCGAAUACAUCACGAACCUACGAACCCUGAACCAAGUCCGAUCACGAUUAGAAGAUGUCGUUCAAACAUUCGGCGACGCAAUGGAAUGGCCGCUCCCACCAUCAGAAACCUCCUUCUCAUCCUCCUUAAUUUCCGUCUCAGGACCAGACCUUGACGCCGACGGCCGCGAUCGCGAAGAAAAGGGCCAAGAAAUGAUGAAGAAUUUACGGAAGGAAGUGACAGAACUGUUGGACAGCGAAGGGGGCGGACAAGCCGGACUGGAUGCUGCCAAUCGGCGCGUUGACGCUGUUCGACUGCUGGCGACUGUCUGGAAUGGCUCAGCGGAAGAGAAAGCGCGCAAUCGCUUUGUGGAUAGUCUUGCUAAGAUUGUGGAUGAUCGUCGCCGCUCUCUGGAACAGCAGCAGGCUGCGACUGAGCAGAAUCAGCGUGCAUCAUCUAGGUCCAGGCCGGAGACUAGGCGGGAUAGUGAUAGUGGUGCGCCGGCCGGUGGCCUGUUUCGCAAUCUGCAACGUCUUCGAGAGGAGAUAUACUUGGAGUGA